AGCCCACAGGUGAUUAUACGCGCUAUUGUAUGGAAUGAAACGACCUGGCGUGCGAUAAAGAAUAUUGAACGAGCGGAUAGCAGUCCGAAAUUGGAUGGAAAUUUCUGAGGUGGGAGAGAAUUUCUGAGAAGAAGUCAUCAGAGCCAAGGCUGAGACGCAGACGCCAGCCUUGUUCUCUCUCAAACAAUCUGCUCGGUUCCUUCCACCCCAUCAACACAUCGCCGAGACAGAGAGACAACAAUUUACAUGGAUCAGAUUUUGAACAAGGCGGGUUCCUACUGGUUCAGCCAGAAGGCCAACAAGGAGCUCACCUCCGUCGGCGAUGAUAUCAACUCAUUGCAAACUAGCAUCGAAGGAGGAACCAAAUGGUUGGUUAAUAAACUCAAAGGAAAAAUGCAAAAGCCAUUGCCUGAGCUUCUAAAGGAUUUUGACAUGGCAGUAGGAAUAUUUCCUCGUGAUGCUACCAACUAUGAAUUUAAUGAGGAGACGGGAAAACUUACAGUCUACAUACCGGCAACCUGUGAAGUGGGCUACAGAGAUUCAUCUGUUUUGCGUUUCUUCACCAUUGUAACUGGAUAUUUGAAGAAAGGAAGGCUAGAAGACAUCCAGGGGAUGAAGACAAAGGUGAUUAUAUGGGUAAAUGUGUCCUGUAUCACAUCUGAGGGAUCAAAGCUCCAUUUCACAGCUGGGUUGAAGAGAACCAGGAAUAGAGAGGCUUAUGAGGUUCUUAGAGACGGCAUCACUGUAGAGAAGUUUUAAAAAAAGGUCAAAAUGCUCAUCGGUUACUAUUGUGUAAUUUAGUUGGUUAAAGUUGUUGAACCGUUUUGCUUGUAUGAAAACUGGUUUAAUCAACUCAUGUAUGUUUUCCUGUGGAUGUUGAACGGUUUGAUCCAGUUAAUAUUCUCUCCUGUAUGGUGGGUUGAACAUU